CCGAAUCUAAACUGCGGCUAAUAAAUCCUUUAUCAAUAACUUUGUAUAUUUAUAUUGUGCUUGUGAGGUUGCUUUUACAUUCACGUAAUGUUAAAUACCACAGUUAUAUGAUAAAAAAUAAGCUUUGUUGAGUGUUUGACCUUUCAAACGCAACUUGCCUAAAUUACUGUAUACAACACAGUAAACGGGCAUCAGAAUCUAAACUGCGGUUGAUAAAUCCUUCCUUAUAACUAACUUUGUAUAUUUCUACCUUUAAAUUACAGUCGUAUUGUUAAGUGUUGUACCUUUAUUAAUCGUUUAAUGUUUUUAGUAAAUUAAAACAGUCAACAAACGUAUUUAGACACGGAUGUUACAACAGGACACAUCAAGCAAUCUCUUUUAACAAAGCAAUAGUGAAACGCAGUAACUUAAAUAAAGUAAAAUGUCUUACUGUGAAUUAUACUGCUGUGUCAUUGUUGUCAGAUCCAAUAUAAGUGGUGCUUCUGACUGAGUCUCUCUGCAAAUCCAGCAUCGACUUCUUUACAAAUGAAUCCAUGUCCACAACGUUAACAAACGCUCCCCACACGAGCUGGAACUUCUUCAAAAGCAAACUUUAUCCAAGCAUAUUGCUAAUGUUAAGUUCCAAGCCUCCUAAUUGAAGUAUUUAGCUUCUGUGUUGUUCCCAUGGUUGUUCCCACGCGGUUCUUUCACAACCGAAAAAGCGUUUCCAUGGUAUCAUAACAGAUCACCGCGUCAAAAUAAAAGUCUCUCAGAAAAAAUGUAUUUAAAAAGUCAUUUUGGUUACAUUUGUCAAUCUUUAAAGACAUGUUUACUUACUGAGACACACGUGUCACGCGAAGCUGUGGGCGGGGCUACAAAAGUAGACUUGUCCUUUUGGUUAUGGGGAGGUGUUUCAAUUCUACUUUGACGUCAUAGAUUUCCGAAUUUUAGACUGGAGUUUUUAGCUGGCUUGGUGCCAAAGACGGUUAUAUUUCAGUAGCACGGACGUUUUCAGUUCUGAAACUUGCAGGAUGUUCAUUUAAGUAUGAUGACCUCUUAUAUAACAAAUUAUCAAGUUAAAAUUGAGUUUUUGAUUCACCGCUCCUUUAAAGGGAUAGUUUACCAAAAAAUGAAAAUAAUGUCAUUAAUGACUCUCGUGUUGUUACAAAGUCGUAAGACCUCCGUUCACCUUUGAAAACACAGUUUAAGAUUUUUUAUAUUUAGUCAGAGAGCUUGCUUGACCAUUCAUUGAAAAUGUAUGUGUACUGUCCAUGUCCAGAAAGGUAAUAAAAACAUCAUCAAAGUAGUCCAUGUGACAUCAGUGAGUCAGGUAGAAAGUGUUGAAGCAUCGAAAAUACAUUUUGGUUCAAACAUAACAAAAAAUACGACUUUAUUCAGCAUUGUCUUCCGGUUCUGUUGUGAAUCGUGUGCACAAGAUUGAAGUCACAUGACUGUAGUGACGCGGCUGACAUGUUACCUGGUGCGCCCCAGCUGUUUUUUGUGUCUGAGCUUUGUUUAUAGUCUGAGGGAGAUGCAUGCUGUAAGUUUGAAAAAAAAACUUCACAAACAUGUCUAAGGAUAACACGUCAGCAGCGCCACUGCAGUCUAGGAUCCGAUAUGCUGGAUCGGUAUCAGGCCGAUUGAUAUGUGCGUUAGCCGUGGUUGUUACUGACAAGCUAUUAAAAAGACAACGUAUUAUAAAAGCACUAUAAACGUUAUUAUGCACUAUAUUCAAAGUCUUUUAAUACACUCAAUAGAUUCAUGUGAAGGAACAAACGCACAUUUAGAGAAAUUUUAGUUCACAGAAACACUGUAACCACAAACUGUGUUAAUCCGCUGGUGAAGCGGACGGAUGAAACGCGUCAUUCACACACGCACACCCAAGAUAACUGUAGGUUAUAAACUUUCCAUUGCGGUGUGAGGAUUCCCAUGAGAGGAUUCAAGGGCAUCAAUUCUGCACCCAGAAACCCAAUGAACGUAGCGUGUUAUGACUUAGGCGCAUCAAUUCUGCACCCCAAAUGUGCAUAAAAAGUCUGGUCAAACGCAUAAUUUCCAAAACAACCAUCUGCACACUAAAGCUUUUUUACUAUGACAGUUUUAAGCAAUUAAGAAUUUUUUUAGCAUACUUAAUUGAUCAAAUAUACCUAAUCUAUGUUCUUCUAAACACUGUCAUGAUUAAUAUUUACUAAUGUUCUCUGUAACUUGUAAAUAAUUUAAAAUUAUUGGUUUUAACAUUUAAAAUUAUACUAGAUGUAGCAGAAAGCGCUAUAUACAUUGAAUUACAAUAGUAUUGGGCAUAUAUCCAUAUAGGCUGAUAUACGGAAUUCUGGUAUCAGAAUCAGUUAGGAAAUGAAAAGUGGGAUUGGGACAUCCCUACUGCAGUCUUGUGCAUGCAGUUCACAACGAAACUAGAAGAGAAGACAAUGCUGAAUAAAGUAAACAGAGGCUCCAGAUAAAAAGAGAAUGAUUGUUUUUAUUGCACUAUUCUCCAAGUGAAUCGGUUACACCAUGAGACACAUCACAUUCCUUAAAAGUUUACACACCAAUAGAUCUGAUCUUUGAAGGGAAUAGGGCAUAGGGAUGAUCAAGUCAUCCACUGAUUUACGACAGGUAGUUUGGGACACUGAAAGUCUUUAAAAACAGCGUUUGUGCAACUAAAUGUUAGAGCGUGUGACCAUCCGCUUUGUUGGCAGAUUUUUCCAGUUACAGAUAUAUGCUUCACGUCUCCCUCACUCAUUAUAAAAUCAGCAGUGGCGGAAUGACACAUAAACGAUGCGAAAUGGUGAAGCAGUUACGGUGACGAUACUGGUAGAAUAUCUCACGGCUAUCAGACAAUUACAUUCAAUAACUAACCAAUAAGAAUUCUUGUAUAAAAUAAAUAGGACCUGUCUAUCUAUCUAUCUAUCUAUCCAGGGUAUUGUUUCUCAAAAAUAUCAUAGGCCCAAGUAGAUAUCACCAUUGCCACCAAUGGUCUCUAUGAUCAACUUAGCUUUUGAAAAAUGCAGCCCAGUAACGUUAUCUGCAUUAAUAAUUUGUCACCUAUGAUAAGUGGAAAUCUUGUUAAGCUACUCUCCAUGUCCCAUACAUGUUGUGUUUGUUUCACAAGGGAGACAAUGAAGUGCUGAGAUCAGCAAGGCACCUUUUGUCACUCUUGACUCAAGAAAAAGCUGCGUGUUCAACAAGUCAGGGAACAAACAGAUCAUCUAAUGGAAGAGUCCAAACUCAAGGGCCAUCAUCUUCUGUACAAACAGAAAUGACCAGGUCCUUUCCUGGAUUAUUUUCAAGUCGCAGAGGAAAACGCCGCUUUACUGGAGCAUGCCCUGUGCCCAUUAAACCAAAACCAUUUCAGGUCAUGUUCCACCUGCUUCCAGCCCAAUGUGAGCGGUCCCCUAGUGGUCCAGAUCAACUGGUCCAUACACAGGCAGGACUAGGACGCAGAACUGCCACUCUAGAUGAAAAUAUGACUCAUGAAGAGGUGGUUGGGGAAGUCGGAAGCUUGCUGUAGUGGCACCUGCAGACUGUGGCUACACAGGCAGGCUUAUAAAAAUGAACAAAAUUGGAAGACCCACCCUGAUCCAAAAAUGGCUGCUGACUUGUACAGAAAGGAAAUUCUCAGAUUGCAUGAGACAGGGAAACCGCUUUUGAUGUGUAUGGACUUAAGAUCAGGUGUUGAAGAACAAGAGAGGCAACUGAUCAACUUUUACAAUCAAAGACACGUAGAGUGGGCAUGUCCGGUUAAAUGUCAACUUCAAGGGGAUGCCGCAGUUGGUGACGGAGUGACUAGGCACUUUUUUUCUACAGUUCUCGAAAAACUGAAGUAUGGUUUCAGUUUGAACUUGGGAAACACAGGAGUUACUUGCCUCUUCGAGGGGGAGCCUGACCACUUGGUGCCCUCAUCCUCACAAUUCCUCAUUGAAAGCGAUCUCUUCCUAGUUGCAGGGAGAAUGCUAGGCCAUUCCUUUCUGCAUGGUGGCCCAUGUUUUGCAGGGCUCAGCAGAGCUUUUGUUCAUGUUCUGCUUCAAGGUUCUGAAGAUACUGCCACUUUGCAACUGGAGGACUGCCCAGAUGUUGACAUACGAGAGACCAUCGACUUGCUCAGUGGACAUUCUCCAUUAAAUGAGGACCAGUCGAGUAAAGUACUGGAACUGUGUUUGUCUUGGGAUCUUCCUGGUCCAACAGAAGGAAAUAGGAGGUGGCUUUAUGAACGUCUGCUAUCACAUGCGGUUCUUGGUAAAAGAACACGACAAAUUAAACAGAUAAGACGAGGACUAAAAGAGACUUUUGUUUGGAAUCUUCUAAAUGAGAGGAAGGAUGUGGCAUUUUUCCCUAAGGAAUCAGAGGACUCGUGCUCUCCAGAGAUGCUGCUUUCCCAUAUCUCCUGGCAUAGGGGUGAUGAUGAAGAUGAUGAUGAUGACGACGACGAAUACUCGCCUGAUAUAAAGGAACGAAUCACUGGGUAUUUAAAGCAGUUCAUUGAGACAGACGUCUGCUGGGACACAAGACACAGUGAAUCGUUUUCCAAUGGUUCUCUCACCUCGUCGCUGACUACAGCUUUGGGGUGGCGGACUUACGAUGGCUGGCUACGCGAUGCGUCAACUGGACAGUGGUUUCCUAGGUGGCGCCGGGGGCCAAAACCCUCUCGGCGAGCUCGUUGGUCUACAGAGGGGCGAGGACGUCACGCCGGCACACCGGGUCGAGCGCUGCCCUUUCCUCGAGACCCGUUGGUCGAUCGAAAACUGGACCGGGGCGCCCUUUCGUCGAGACCUCGGGGCGGCGGAUCUCCUUCGCCUCAAGCUCUGUGAUGAUCAAAAGACACAGGUAAGGUAGCAAUAUUAUAGGUAAUACUCACACACCGUCAAUAGCACAGUUCUUCACCGCCACUCCUAAACUCAAGUCCGCCGAGCGUUUGGCUGGGAAAAUACUUCGAGAUGCCACUCCGUGAUUUUAAGACUGAAACACACUCACAGCAUAAUCAUGUACAGGUCUUACUCUAGGACCGUUUUUCCUCUUCGUCGUCUCAGGAGCGAGUGACUGGAGGCGGGGGUACGUCAGACAAAGACAACAGCAAUCCCACUGCAAUACACAGCAUUACACAGCACCAAUUCAAGUGAAAAUUUCUACAUCCAAGACUCACCCACCACUCAGUGCACACAAUAGAUGCCCGUCUUCCUUUACUUCGCUCUGGACGAGAAUAUGGAGAUGGUAACACGGCCUAGUGUUUGUUUUCGUCACUGGAGCUGUUUCCACACGAAGACCCUUCGGCUCCCCCACCACGCUGGCUCAGGGGUAGGGCCGCCCACUCUCUUUCAGAAACACUCAGAGAGACAUACAGGUCAAAUACAUGCACAACACUUCCUAUAAGAAGGUUCCGUUACUCACAACUGCUGUACUUUCUUCGUCCUAGGUUGCCUUCACGCUGUAAUAAUUCUAGAUGCACAGACAGGGCGUUUUCCAGCCACCAACAACACUUUUCCACAGACGUAUACUCACAAUGGUGCGUCUUUCCUUCCUUCGUUUCUUUCAUCCAAGGGAAGGUCUGGAUGAAAAGCAGAGACCUGCCCGGAUUCCACGCACGCUGCACGCAGAUACCCUCAGAAAACAGCAAUUUUAAUCAACCAUCACACGCGUGUGCAUGUUUGCAAGCAGUACAAGCCUGCGUGAUGUUUGCGGUGACAGGUUUUAAUAAAAGAGAAAAAAGUCAAUUGAUAUUUGACAUCUAUAAACAAUAAUAUAUACGAAAUAUAAUUAUAUGGUCUUGACAUACACAUUAUCUGUUGCUUUAGUUUUUUAUUAAACUACUCAUUUGGUUUAUUUGAUUGUGACAGUCCCUCUAUCACCAAUCACAAAUCAUCACUUUACGCUUCUCUUUCUCAGUGGAUAAACUGAAUCAAAGCUGCUGUUAUCUGCAGUUAUACAUUUUACAGAGACCAGUACGUUAGCCUAUUCAUUAGAUUUAACUGAACUUUUUUGGCACUUUUAUCAGAAGGAAAGCAUAAUAGAAGUGUAUAAAAUAAUAGUAAAGACUCUAAUCUCAGGCAUAAACUCAGUAAAAGCUUUUAUUUCAAUUUAAUUUCUAAAAUAUGAUUCGAUUUGUAUUGUGAACCAUUUUAACGCAGUCUUUUCCAACUAUUUAACACAGAAAUAGCUAAAAUCCACACUAUUAUCAAUUGGCAAAUGGUUAGGACUUAUAUAAAAAAAUUAUUACCACAAACCCCCACCCCCCCAAAAAAAAUCUCACUCCAAGCUGAACUCAGAAGUUGGCAGCUCUGCAGACUUUUAAAAUCCUUAAGAUCAGCACAAGUGUAUGGGGAUAUCCCGUUUACCACAUAGUGGUACAAAUCAUGCGGGCUGAAGUCGGGCAGACUCGGCGUUUAAUGAGGUCCGUGAAAAUUGAAGGAGGAAGAAGGUAAGGGUCGGUAUCCAGUCCCGCUAUCUCUAACUUCUCUAAAUAGCGCUUUUUGUGAGGACCUACCAAAUGCCCUACCUCGACCGAUAACUGCACAACAACUGCCUUAAUAUAAGAAGCCAUGUAUUUUAGUGUAAUAUAUAUUUAAACUGUUUAAAACUAAUCAAAAAUCCCGCUCGUCUAUUACUAAUCAACCUAGUGCGUCAGUGAUUUUGCCGUCCAGCAUGGCGUCGUCACGUGGUCUAGGUCACGUGUUUGCAAAGGGUCUUAGAAAUUAUCGCCCCCUAUUGGUUAUCAUCCCCAUAAAUGUGUGUCAUUUUUACGCCUAGAGGAGGCAAAGCGUGACAUUGACACGCAUCCUCUAGUCUAGUGGACCAGCGUGUCUAUUACACGCUUUAGCGUGAUACUGGGUUGCACCAUCAUAUCUCUAUGUGCAUUGUAUAUAUAAUUGUUCCUUUAAUUUAUUUUCUAUUUUUUUCUCCUUUGCUUGUAGCUUUUCAUUUUUACACUUUGUAGCAAAGCUAUAGACAAGGGUUUUAAAAAAGAAAUGACCAAACAUUUAUUGCUCUGUUAAAUAAGAUGUGGAUUGUAACACAAGUCUUAAAAGAAACGCUACUAAUACUUCUGUCAUUGAUAAGACAACAAUAAAUCGGAACAGCGGCAGGUUUGUCUGCAUGUUCAUAAAACCAAAAUGUUCUCUUUGGCAGUAUUUUUUUUUUAACUAAAAAGCAUUAUACACACAUGCUAUCAAAAUCAUGACAAAUACAUUAUUUGACCUGUAUGUUAAUAAUAAUGACAUUAAAUGCAUUAAUACAAAGAUAGUUAACUAGGUAUUUAGUGUCAGGAUCCCAAAUGUUAUUAAGUGUAUUUAGUCUUGUUUCUGGUGCCGGGAUCCUGACACACCCCCGUAAAUGUGUUCUGUGUUUGUGUGGAGAGUCACGUGACCUAUGUGUUAUGUGUGGAAUGUGCUCUCCUGUCUUUAGUCUUAACCUUACCUUCCUGUUUCCUAAUUAUGUAUGAUUAGUUUCCUCACCUGUUUGUUAUUGUCCCCUAGUUAGUUCCCCUGUUUAUAUGCCAUUGUGUCUCUUGUCUUUGCCGGAUCAUUGUAUUUGUACAUGUAUGUUACCAUCGUCAGGAGUACGUCUAGUUUUGUCUUGCCUGUUAUUAUUUCUUUCUUGCUUGUUUACCCCCUCGAGGGAGUUUUUGUUCAUUAAUAAAAGUCUUUUGA